AGCAAAUUAGAUUAAAGAAUAUAAGAAAUGUAUAUGGAAGAUGCUUGUGGUAUCGUUUGCGACUGUUAAAACCACAGCAAAACAUAAUUCCUACAGUAAAGAAAAUAGUCCUCCUUGCUGGCUGGGCAUUAUUUUUGUUUCUUGCUUACAAAGUUUCCAAAACAGACCGAGAGUAUCAAGAAUACAACCCUUACGAGGUUUUACAUUUGGAUCCUGGAGCAAGUAUAUCAGAAAUUAAGAAACAGUACCGUGCACUUUCACUAAAACACCAUCCAGAUAAAGGAGGAGAUGAAGUUAUGUUCAUGAGGAUUGCUAAGGCCUAUGCAGCCUUAACAGAUGAAGAAUCACGAAAAAACUGGGAAGAAUUUGGUAAUCCAGAUGGACCACAAGCUACAAGCUUCGGUAUAGCUUUGCCAGCUUGGAUUGUGGAUCAGAAAAAUUCGAUUUUGGUUUUGCUUGUAUAUGGAUUAGCAUUUAUGGUUAUUCUUCCCGUUGUUGUGGGUUCCUGGUGGUACCGAUCAAUACGAUAUAGUGGAGAUCAGAUUCUCAUUCGAACAACUCAGAUUUAUACGUAUUUUGUCUAUAAAACACGGAACAUGGACAUGAAACGGCUUAUCAUGGUUUUAGCAGGGGCAUCCGAAUUUGAUCCUCAGUACAAUAAAGAUGCAACGAGCAGACCAGCGGACAACAUUCAGAUACCACAGCUUAUCAGAGAAAUCGGUGGUAUAAAUUUAAAGAAGAAUGAGCCUCCACUCACCUGCCCUUACAGCCUGAAAGCAAGAGUUCUGCUGUUGACUCACCUUGCCAGGAUGAAAGUUCCUGAGGUCCUUGAAGAAGAUCAGCAGUUUAUCCUGAAAAAGAGUCCUGCACUACUUCAAGAAAUGAUUAAUGUGAUCUGCCAGCUAAUAAUAAUGGCUCGGAGCCGAGAAGAAAGGGAGUUCCGUGCUCCAUCUUUGGGAUCUUUGGAAAAUUGCAUGAAGCUUUCCCAGAUGACUGUCCAGGGGCUUCAGCAGUUCAAGUCUCCCCUUUUACAGCUGCCUCACAUUGAAGAGGACAAUCUUAGGCGAGUCUCCAAUCAUAAAAAGUAUAAAAUCAAAAGUAUUCAGGAUUUGGUGAGUUUGAAAGGUUCUGAUCGUCGCAAUUUACUGCACUUCCUAGAAGACAAGAAAUACGAUGAAGUUAUGGCUGUCCUUGGCAGCUUUCCGUAUGUCACUAUGGAUAUAAAACCACAGG